UCUGCACUUCAUCAUGCUCUAGGGAAUCCCGAGGCUCAAAUUUCUGGAUCUCUUGGUCUUGCCGUGAAUUUGCCUGGUCACCACCACUGAUAGGCGAUCCAAGCCAUGGCGGUCUGCUCAGCAUCUCGCGGCUUUAUGGCCAUCCUCGCUAUUCUCUCCCUCGUUUUUGCCGGGUCGUGCCUGGUGAUCGUCAAUGCGUCUCCCUUAGCAACCGUGGAAGCAGCCAAAACUCUCGCCGUUCCGUCGGACGACGGUUGCUACGGCAGUUUGAAGGAGACCUUUCAGGCAGUCAAGCUCCUGAGCGUGGUCUCGAAGGCGUCGCUCGAUUCCUCCAAGACCUGCGCGUGGCUGAAGAAGGCCCCAGCCGCCACGUCAGCAGAGGAGGCCUUCCAGAAGGUGUCCGCCGCGGCUGCGCUCGCCUGCAAGGGCGCUAGCGGCAUUGCCAAGGAAGCGGAGCCCCUCUUGGCCGCGGCUGCAUCCUCCUCGUCCCUCGACCAGCUCUUCUAUGCCGCGGCCGGCACUCAGAUUCUCAAGGCCAACAAGUGGGGUGCUGGGUCCGUUCCGUCAGGCCUCAAGAAGGCUGCUGCUGCCAUACUCGCACUGAAGCAGGCGGACGGCACGUGGGCUACGGACAAGGCCGGCCAAGGGGGGUCCUCCGUCGCUGCUGCGGGCGUGGCUCUGGAGGCUCUGGCUGCGCUAAAGGAACUGGGGCUCGCGGACGAGAAGCAGGUGUCAGCAGUCUCAGACGCAGUCACCUCGCUCUUUUCUCUCCUCGCAACCGACUCUGACCCCAGCGGCAACGCCGUCUCUUUCUUCCCAGCGUCGCCAGCAGAGGGCGGGUCUCUCCUCGCCACCGCAUCCGCGCUCACAGGCUACCUCGCCCUCGCCUCCACCCUCUCCGGCCCUCUCGGCGUGCGCCCUGCCAAGAUCGCAGAGGCUGGGCGCUAUCUGGUGGCGGCUCUGCCCCUCUCUCUGGCGGAGGCCGCUGCUUGGGCUGAAGCUCUUGCUGUGCUUGAUAGCAACCCCAUUGUGGUGCCCAUCUUCCUCUCAUCGCCCGGUCACAUCUCCGUCUCUGCGGAUCCCACUCUCACAGUGAGGGUGACAACAGCGCUGGGCGGGAAGGUGCCAGGCGCGGCAGUGAAGCUGCAGAGCGCCACCAUCGGGGGCGGCAGUGCUGUGUCGGGGAAGGAGCUCACAGCUGGCAAGGACGGCGUCUCCUUCUCUGCCAAGGCCUUCUCCAAGGCCUCCACCCUUGGCGCAUACACCCUCAAAUUCAAGAUCACCCCCCCUGCCGACUCAGCCUUUGUAGCGGGCAGUGCGUCUGUGGAGCGCGCUCUGCUGCUGUCGGCGUCCAUGGCGGUCACGGGGGUCUCUGUUGCUGUAUUGGACAGCGACGGUGCUGCUCCUGAGGCCGAGAGGCAAUUGGACUUUGAGAAGAGGACAAACUUCACCGACCUGUCCGCCACCCACCUGCAGAAGCUGCGUGUGUCCCUCUCCCUCACCACGCCCUCGGGAAAGCACUUCACUCCUCAUCAGGCAGUGCUCCAGCUCGUCAACUCCAUCGGAAUGGCCUACUCCUUCCUGCUCAAGCCCUCCGGCAGCACCCUUUCUGUGAAGCUCGAGCUCCUGGAGCUGAUGGAGCGUCUCUUCUACCACUCUGGAGAAUAUACUUUGAAUCUCAUAGUGGGGGACGAGGCCAUGGACAACUCCUUCGCCUGGCAGCUCGGCACCGUCGACCUCGACCUGCCCUCUCCCCCCGAGACCGCCCCCAAGCUGCCCCCGCGGCCCACGCCCCUGGCGGAGCGCUUUGCCGCCAAGCCGGAGAUUGCGCACAUCUUCCGCAAGCCGGACUCGCGGCCGGCGUUCGUCGUCUCGUACACGUUUGUUGCGCUCGUGCUGCUGCCGCUGGUGGUGCUGCUCGUGGGGCUGGCGGUGCUAGGAGUGAAUCUCAAGGCCUUCCCCUCGUCCGGUGUGCCUCUGCUCUCAGCUAUGGCCUUCCAUGGCGGGAUUGCCGCUCUACUGCUGCUCUAUGUGGCUUUCUGGGUGCAGGUGAACCUCUUCACCACUCUCAAGCUCAUUGUACUCCUCGCUGUCCUCACAGCCAUCCCUGGCCACCAACUCCUCUCAUACCUCGCUGAUGCGGCACCAAAAGCCAAAUCCGAGUGAUGUGUUUGCUCGAUCAAGAAGUCAACAGAAUUUUGUCGUAAGGAUUUUCUCUGUGGAGUGUUAGACACUGGCUUGAAAGCACCCCCACUGAAUUUUUGUGGAGCCUUGUGUGCUGAGGCCCGUGGAUGCGGAAACCAAUUGUUGGGAUGCCAAAAAUAGUAUCAACAAUGUGGAUAGAAAAUCAUUUCCAGCAACUUACUAC